UACCAGUGGGGACGCUAUUAUUCGGAGCAAGUCACAGGAGGGCGGAGUCCUCAGAAACUGUCAACAGCGGGUUGUGACAGGAUUGCCUGCGCAACGUCAACUUGCGAAACGAUGGAGUCUAUUAUAUAUGUAGUUGAACUGAACCUGAACACCAUCAACCAUCGUUGGAAGAAUUACCUGAACUUGCGCGGGCAAGGAUAGAUAUGGGAGCAUCCCAGUCUCACGGGGAGGAAAGUCCGCCUAGGAGAGGAAGUGCAGCAACUUCACCCUCGGAAAUUCCCCCGGAUGGGAUACAUCCCUCGAGGUCAAGUUUGGUAUCAGAGCAUCCCUUUUCCGCACCCACGUUGGCCGCAGCCCGGAGUGCGUAUCUGAAGCUUCGGGAUGUCCAGCCAGACGGCGAAAAAGAGGGCGGGAUAAGAUUGUCCCGGUUUGUGGUUGUGGGAGGACUCCAAACAUGGCUUUCUGCCCGCUUAUUCAAAAGCGCAUGUGAGGACGGCGAGCGAGAGAUCCUUCAUUACGAAGGCUUCCUGCGAAUCUUACAGCUGCUCGUUCGAGAUGAUGCUUGCUAUGUCACUCCCCACACCGCCGAAGAGCUUCGACAGGCAGACUUGCAGCUCCUGCAGUGUCUGAGCUUGAAAACUGGAGCCUUCACCCGAGCUGAUCUAUGCGAGCUUCUCAGCGCCGUAGCGGAUGUGGCGAUCACGCAACUGAGAGCCCUGAACAAAAGCGCCGACAGGCCUCAGUUAGGGAGCGAAUCGCUCGAACCGGAUUCUCCGCGCAUAAAGAUGCUCAGCGGGCAGAUAUUGCGAGCAAAUCAGACCAACGGCAUUAGCGGCGACGUCGAAUCUAUCACAGUGGAGGACUUGCAAAAAUGGUUCAUUCGCAACAUGCCGUUCAUAUUCGAGCCGGUCCGAUUCGCUUUCAUUCAGACUUGGCUGACUCUAAAUGAAGAGGCUCAACUUCCUCUAUAUCCUCCACAACAUAUUCCUGUGGUUGGCAAAAGCGAGAUCUUGACGGACGCCAUGACAUGGAUCUUGAGUUCUUUCUUGAAACUGCCAGCCCCGGCGGCGAAGGAGCAUACCCUUGCGCUUGCUGAGUCGCAGCAGGGAGAAACAGUUGCCCAGUGGGAUCUGCUCUUCAGCGCUCGGAAUGAUGGAUACAGCAUCAAUCGUUUCGAGUACCACACAUUGAAGUACCCGAAGCCGUCGCUACUACUGGUGAGCGGCUCAUUACCUGCCUCGAAAACCUCCAACGGCGAGCCUCAGCUCAUCACGAUCGGCGCGUACGUGGAUUGCCCAUGGAAGAAAAGCAAAAGCUUUUGGGGGACGCCAGACUGCAUGUUAUUCCAACUGGAUCCCGUGGUGGAUCUCUUUCGCACAAAUGUGGAGAGCUCGACGCAUGCAAAACUGCCGCUCGAUCAUUUUGUGUAUUUCAGCGCCGACAGUGGGGUGAUUGGUUUUGGCGGGGAGAUUGGAACAUUCAAUUUUUCCACGGAUCUCCGAACAGCCACAUUAAACCUCAAUUCAACAUCACCUCUAAAUGUCACCACCCAGGCCCAGCGGCCGCCCACAUACGACUUUGGACCCCGCGGUGCUAAACAGGAGAGCGGUAUAACCUUCGACGUGGACGACUUGGAGGUGUUCGGACUGGGAGGCACCCAAGCGCGCCAAAGGCAACGCCGAGAGUGGGACUUUGAUGCCCGAGACGCGGCGAGACGGUCGGGGCUGGUUUCACAUCAUCGAGGUGGGGAUGCCACUGCGGCAGAUUUGGAAAUAACGAAGCAGAUUUUGGCUAUGGCUGGAGUUUAUUCCGGAGCAGAUCAAUAAUGAGAAUGUCUUGGGACAUCCGGUUCCUCCUCCGAGUCGAGCAUCUGUCUUGAUCGAUGCUCAAUUUUCAAAUGCCACAGAAAAUCGGCGUAUCGAGUUUCCAUAUGGGAACUAAACAGUUUACACACCCUUCCACUAUGUGCCACGACGCUACAGGGCGCGGAACGCAGGAAGUAGGUGAACGGCUCAUCCUACGACAAACGACUGCAGGUGGGAUGUGGGAAACACGAGGCGUGACCACAUGGAGGGAGGAUCCCAGGUGGGAAGCGAAGAAUCAUACGAACAAGUCCGCCAUUGAUACGGUGGAAUAGCUGAAACCACCCUACAUAUUCACAGCUGUGUACAUACUGUAAUUUGGUAAAUCCGUAAAGGCGUAAAGCAGGGUCCACUGGGCUCCGAGUCGGAGGGUCACUUGGGGGCGUUUGACG